UCUCUGAAUGUUGUGAACAUGCUGAAAUCAAGAAACAAGAGCAAAAGCAAACAAGAGAAGAAGUCACAAGAAGGCAAGUACCUUGGAGUGAGGAGACGUCCAUGGGGAAGAUAUGCAGCUGAAAUCAGAAACCCGUUUACAAAAGAAAGACAUUGGCUUGGAACGUUUGAUACAGCCGAAGAAGCUGCUUUAGCAUAUGAUGUUGCUGCUCGAUCCAUCAGUGGCUCUUUAGCUAAAACCAACUUCUUCUACACGGAUAACAUAACUUCACAAAGACAACCACAGAAGUUGGUACAGUCAUCAUCAGACAAAGAUUUUGUUAAUCCCACCAUUGUGUCUUUUGGACCUGACAUGAGUUUGGGUUCUUCUAGUUCCCGUAUUCUUCAAGAUCAGCCACCGGAAAACCACCGUUUUGUUCCUGCUCCUAUCUCUUCUUGUUUGCAAGAACAACAGUUUUUGGCUAAUCACAUUAACAGUGUCCCACAUUGUUAUGAUAAUGACCUUGUUGUUCAGAGCAAAGAGAUUUCCUUACCUUCUUUUCCCAAUGAUAUGUCAAGCAGCUUAUUUGGUUACCACGACAACACUGGUGAACAGGGAGAUGCAGAACAUAUGAAGAUAGGUUCGGUUCUCAGCAAUUAUUCUCAUUGCUUUGAGUAUGACUACAGUGAAAAUAAUCUUCAGAGUUUUCUCAAAGAUGACAAUGAAGAUCCUAUUCAGAUGAUCGGAACUUCUUCUUCUUUCAUCUGAUUUAGCUAUACCACCUUUAAAUCUUUUUUACAUUGUUGACUCUUUUGCUUCUCUUGUAAGCUGUUUAAGCAGUUUCAAUACCAAUCCUCCUCUUAUGUAACAUAAAAACUAUUUUAUCUUUGUUUAUUGUCAAAUGCAUUCCUAAACCAGAGUUAUGAAUCAAGCAGAGGGUGCAAAAUGUUUGAAUCCAGUUCAUUACUAUAAAUUAUAGUUUGAAUCAACUCAGGAACUACAAUUAUACAUUCCGAAUCAUAUAACAG